UUAGUGGCAAAUAUUUUGGCCAAUCAAGUAAUCCGUGAGUAAAUAAAUAGAAAAAUUCAGAAUACACAUAUUGAGGCAUUUAUUUUAGUUAGCAAUUUUGGGAAAGUAUUCAAAUUUUCAUUGUUUUGAUCUACAUCGUAUAUUGUGAUUCGAAAUUCUUUCCUAAUUAUUUACUCAAUUGAAGUUACCCAGCUGCGGAAGAAAUAAGCAUGGCUACUUGCAAUGGACGUGAUGAGACCAACAAAGUCAAAUCACCAAAUUAUACUUUAAAAUUUACUUUGGCUGGACAUUCCAAAGCUAUUUCUUCUGUGAAAUUUAGUCCAAGUGGAGAAUGGCUAGCAAGUUCUUCUGCUGAUAAACUUAUAAAACUAUGGUGUUCAGAGGAUGGGAAAUUUGAAAAAUCAAUUGUUGGUCAUAAAUUAGGUAUAUCUGAUGUUGCCUGGUCAACUGACAGCCGUCUAUUAGUCAGUGCAUCAGAUGAUAAAACUCUAAAAAUUUGGGAAGUGUCAUCAGGUAAAUGUGUGAAAACUUUGAAGGGGCAUACUAAUUAUGUAUUUUGUACGAAUUUUAAUCCUCAAUCUAAUUUGGUUGUCUCUGGAUCGUUUGAUGAAAGUGUCCGCAUAUGGGAUGUAAAGACUGGUAAAUGCUUGAAAACCCUUCCAGCCCAUUCUGACCCUGUUUCUGCUGUUCAUUUUAAUAGAGAUGGUUCUUUAAUAGUGUCUUGCAGUUAUGAUGGAUUAUGUCGAAUAUGGGAUACAGCUUCUGGACAAUGCUUGAAAACCUUAAUUGAUGAUGACAAUCCUCCUGUAUCGUUUGUAAAGUUUUCACCAAAUGGAAAGUACAUUCUGGCGGCUACAUUAGAUAAUACUCUGAAGUUGUGGGAUUAUAGUAAAGGAAAGUGUUUGAAAACAUAUACAGGACAUAAAAAUGAAAAAUAUUGUAUUUUUGCAAAUUUCUCUGUCACUGGUGGCAAGUGGAUAGUUUCUGGUUCAGAAGAUCACAUGGUCUAUAUAUGGAAUCUUCAGACAAAAGAAAUUGUGCAAAAAUUAGAAGGGCACACUGAUGUUGUUUUAUGCACUGCUUGCCAUCCAACUGAAAAUAUCAUUGCAUCAGCUGCUCUGGAAAAUGACAAAACCAUAAAGAUCUGGAAAAGUGAUUCAUAAGAUUUUCUGUAUUUUGAUCUUUCACACAUUUGUAAAAAGUCAGUCAUCUUAUGCCAAUCUUUGUACUCUUCAGAUUUGUUCCAUUAAAAGCAUUUUUAUUUUACCUCA